GCCUCGAGUCCUCCCACAUCCCAGGUUAUUAUCCAGGUAGCUGGCGCCCUGGCAGGGGCAGACGAAGGAUUCAGGAAAUAUGCUGCGUCCCUCGAGGUAUGGCAGGGACAGCUCAAGUCCCUUAAGGAGCUUGAAGACGAGGUCGGGAAUGUCAUGCGCGACCGCGAGAUUCUCGUAACCCGACUGAUCAAAGCGUCGAAGAAUCAGAAACCGACGCGUGACGCGCUUCUGGCGACCUCGGGCUCGACCUCCUCUCUGAGCUUUGCGAAAUCCGAGGUUCAAAUGGGCUCUAAGCUCGCCACAGCCCAGGGCGAACUGCAGGCAUGCGAAGCUCACCUCGCGUCUAAGGAACGCGAGCUCGACACGAUGCGCACUGUCGCCGUGAGGGCCGGCCUGCAAGCACGGUGCAAGGCGCUCGUAGAGUGCGGUUGGCAGUGGGGGGAGAUGGGAAAGGAGGGUCUCCGAGCACUUGAGUCGCUCGAAAUACCUGAGGGCAUGAAUGGCAACGCGCACUCACCAAGUGAGCUCCCAUACAACAAGCCCCUGCCGGACAGUGGUACUUCGGACCUGUCUUCUAUAGGGCCGUCUCAGUCUGCUUCCCAGAACACACAUCUCCCCUUGGACGCUCCUUAUACCUUGAGCAUACCGCCUGCGCACUCGAUAUCAGACCACAUGUUUCCGAACGGCACCGCAGCGCCGUUAUCUCAGGUUGAUGAGCGCGGGGACAGCAGUGGCUCUGAGGAGAAUGAACAAUAUGAAGUCCGCGAGAACGAACGAUAUGCAGCGACCCGGAGCAAGACGCAGACCAAAGGAAAGACAGUAGACCGCUCAUUGCCUUCGUCUGGCAGUAAAGUCAGCUUCCCCACAUCCGCUUCAGCGCCCGUAGUCACCCGCUCGAAGACUUCUAGGCAGAGACGCACCUCAGGGGUGUUCGGUAGGAUUGGUGCUUUCUUCCACGGAAGCAAGGCAUCGAAUGCAGGUUCAGACGAUGAGUCUAACUCCUACGUCCCUGACUCAUACUCCUCGAAGUCUGGACGCUGGAAGACUCGCACAGACAAGCACCUCUCCCGAAGCCGCCGGAACAGCUCUGAUGAUGACCUGCGUGUCACGUACCCUCGCACCUUACCUCCAGAUCCGACAACGCCACUUUCGGGGACAGGGGCCAGCUCUCCACGGUUGAAGAAGCGGGCUGCUAAGCGCAAUACAAUCCAAGCACCGCCCAAGUCUCCCACCACAUCCGGAGAUAAGGGCUGGGCGAGCGACGCAGGGCAACCCCCCAAGUCGAACGGCUCCGCCAAGAAGAAGAAACUUGAGGCUAAGCAUGAGUCGCCGAAGUCUCCUCCAUCAAUGCCAAACGGUCCUGCAUUGAAUGGCUCUGUAGUGAACGGCUCUGCCCUGAACGGCCCUGCACCGAAGAGCAAAAGGGGCAGGGAGGUCGAGAUUCUCAAAAUAUCUGACGAGAAGAACACCCCUCCGAGCCCAGUCACUCCGACUUCGCAGAGCUUGAAGGGCAAGAAGCCCAGUGGCACUGCGCUACCCGCCAGACUGCCAACAGAGGUCGCACUAUCUCGGAACUCGUCUCUAUCCAAACAGUCGGUGACCAGUGCCGCAUCCGCACCAGCCAACACCUCUGGGUCGGCCACCACGAUCCAUCCUACCAUCUCUUCGUCUCAUCGACAUCUCGCUACAGGAUCCCAUCGGCGCACGACGUCUUUGGAUGAACGCAGUCCUCAUUCGGGCUCGGAAGGCGCACCGAAAGGCAACAAGCGCGCAAUGUCUGCGACACGUGCCGGAGGCGAGGGUCCCAGUCUUAUGAGCAUCGUCGAGGGCGUGGCCAAACAGAAUAGGGAGCACCGGGACCCUAACAGCAUGCUCUUCCUGCCUAAGGCGCCACCGCCAAUCAGCCAGACGCUGGACCUUGCGAGCACUUCUGGACCGCCGAAGCCUGUGGAGAAGAGCGUGCCACGCCUUGAGAGGUCGGCAAGCGAGCGUUCUGUCCCUUCUGUCCCUGUCACGCCCUCUAUCCCCCCUGCUACCGCGCCUACCGUCCACCAACCGUCCUCACCGGAGAUCAAGCCUUUACGUUCCGCGCUGCGCAGCCGGUCGCCGUCUCCCCAGAUUAGUAUGCCGCCUCCGGCUAUCCCCACCCGGUCGCCGCAACGACCUCCACCCACUCCUCUGCCUCCCACCCAGGAGCUUAAGCACACGAAGGAUGACGACGCGUCUUCCAUUUCGUCCUAUGAGACAACGCAUGAGCUCCUCGACAACGACGAGUUUGAUAUGGAUACGCCGGUGCAGACUUUCGCCACGCCGAUGAUGAUUCCACCGUCCUCUCCUCCGGGUCUGGUCUCCUCCCCCGAGCUCGUCGCCCCGGUCUCACCCUCGGCUCCUGAACCUACACCUAUCUAUCCUCCUGUGCCACCGAAAUCGCCUGAAGUGUCGGCCUCACACAACCCCGGUGGAAGCGACGUCUCGAAAUCAACCGACUCUAGCAACGGCACCAGCCCGCGGAGGCGGAAGAGCGUCCGCAUGUCGCUACCGCCGACCUUUUCGACGACUCCACCCGCUCUCGAGGAUACAGACGACACUAUCGUUGACGAGCACGGAGGCCACAGACGUCAUGAGCCCUGGUCUUCAACUCCAAAUGGCGGCGCCCACCACCACCAGGGUGGCUGGAACUCGCGCAUCCGCGAGCGCGACGUUUGGCAGGACUCAAGUGAAGACGAGGACGAAGAAUACCGCAAAGCAAAGCGUAUGCUCUCUCGUCUCUCUUCGCCUCCCAAGAAACAUCGGUAAGGAACAAUAUAUCUCGCACAGUCCUUUGGUCGUUUCUAUAUAUUUUAUUGUAAUUUCUGGUCUAGACUGGAGCAGUUAUCUCGGAAUCACUACCUGCAUACCCUCGUUCUUACUCUCUUCUUGCACGUUUUUUCUUUGGAGUCGGACGCUACCGUAGGCUCCAUGUAAUCCCGGCUGUAUAUCGGGUUCCGCACUGUUAUGUGUGUCUGUAUAGUGAUAGCAUACGUCGUAGUCUUGAAGCGUAUCACGUUCUGUACAUGUUGAAUGAUCUUGACACGACUUCACGAGCGAAUAUAAUCUGUACCCC